AUGUCGUUCUCUUUCGGCGCCCCGGCCUCUUCUGGUGGCUCUAGUGGAAGCCUUUUCGGCACAGCGGGCAAUGCUUUCGGCGCCAAAAAUGAUAACAAUGCGUCUGGUGGUGGUCUCUUCGGUAAUGUUGGAGCUUCAUCCACCGCCGGCAACAGCGCAUCGCCGUCGAUGUUUGGAGGAAACUCUGCAGGUGGCCAAAGCACACCGACAUUCGGCAAUGUAGGCGCUUCCAAUGCGACCACCAGCGGUACCUCGGGCUUCAGCUUCGGCGGCAACGCUCCAUCCGGAACUGGCACGCAGCCCAACUCACUCUUCGGCGCCGCUGCCGGCAGCCAGACUCCCAACAAGUCUACGGAAUCGACCACACCUAGCCAGACUGGCAAUGCGCUAUUUGGUGGAGGCACAAAGAGCAUGUUCGGCAACGCGGCCCCAACAGCUACCCCUGCUCCCGCUGGAAAUGGCCUGUUCGGCAACAACUCCACCACCCCUGCUGGUCCCCCGCCGGCAUCCAACCCACCCAACAGCCUAUUCGGGGCUGCGAAACCCGGAAUCUCAACUACCCCCGCCGCAGCGCCGUCGUCUACCACGCCUGCUACCUCACAGGCACAGCCAUCUAACAAUAUGUUUGGAGGGGGAGGAACCAAGCCGCUGUUUGGUGGCGCAACAACCGCCGCGCCCAGCGGCGGCCUAUUCGGUGCAAACAAGCCGGCCGAGUCAACUGCUCCUAAGACUGCUGCAGAGAUCGCUUCCAAGCCACUCUUCGGCGCAGCUGCUCCCGCGGGUGGCGCGCAAAGCUCGCAGACACCGUCUCUUUUCAGCAAUAUGGCUGCUCCAAGCGGCGAUUCCGCUUCGAAGUCUGCAUUCCCGGCCCUUGGCGCUCCUCCUGCUUCCACCGCAAACACAACUCUCUCACUAGGAGCCCCUGCAACAUCGAGUGCUACCCCUCAAAAGUCUCUUUUCCCUUCCGUCGGAACUGCCACAUCCACAGCUGCUCCCUCGACCACUCCGACAUCAGCUCCUCUUGGAGGAGGCCUGUUUGGGGCCCCAGCUCCCGCAACUACUCCAGGUACCGCGGCCACUGCCGCACCUGCUACUACUACUACACCUGCUGCACCCACGGGUGGCUUGUUCGGCCAAGCUGCUGCUACCACUCAACCAGCGACCUCCGCUGGUUUAGCACCCCUUAGUAGCCUGGGUAAAACGACCGCUGCCCCGACUCCUGCUUCGACUACAACCACUGCCGGCGCUGCCCCAGCUGGGCCAGCCGCCCUUGGCCAGUCUACCACAGGGCCCGCUCCCCCAGCUCAAUCACGUCUGAAGAAUAAAACAAUGGAUGAGAUUAUCACCAGAUGGGCCACAGAUCUCGGCAAAUAUCAAAAGGACUUCCGCGAGCAGGCGGAGAAGGUUUCGGAAUGGGAUCGUCUGCUGGUGGAUAAUGGUACUAAAGUCCAGAAGUUGUACGGCAGCACUGUUGAUGCGGAUCGAGCUACCCAGGAGGUUGAGCGCCAAUUGUCAGCGGUUGAAGGUCAACAAGAUGAGCUCAGCUCAUGGCUGGAUCGUUACGAGCGUGAAGUCGACGAGAUGGUUACCAAACAGGUGGGCCCUGGAGAGUCCCUUCAAGGGCCUGACCAGGAGCGUGAGACAACUUACAAAUUGGCCGAGAAGCUUUCGGAACGCCUGGACGAAAUGGGCAAGGAUCUUACCAGCAUGAUUGAGGAGGUCAAUGGUGCUUCAUCCACAUUGUCCAAGACCAAUAAGGCAGAUGAACCUAUCUCGCAGAUUGUCCGCAUUCUCAACGCACACCUGUCCCAGCUGCAGGUCAUCGACCAAGGCACCUCGGAGCUGCAGACCAAGGUUACUGCCGCCCAAAAAGCAGGUCAAACGAUCUCUGCCCGUCUCGGAUACGGCUAUCCUAACAAUGGUAUGGGCAACAACAACAGCGCUGAUGAUUUCUACCGCUCGUUCAUGCAAGGGCGGUAA